CCAUUCGUGUUUCUGAGAUCAACCUGUGCAGAUGGGUUCUGGUUUGUUGGUGUUUUGGAUCUUCGGAUCAGUGGCACUUUCGCAUCGAUUUGUGUUCGCAAAGUGUUUUCAAGGCGAGCUAAAAGAUGCCUUUCCAUCCUCUGUUUCUCAGUGGCAAUAUCCCCACCUAGUUUUUAUAACUAAUCGAUAUUCCUUAUCGUGCAUUGGAUCCCUCAUAUGGGAUGAUUUUGUGCUCACAGUUGCGGAAUGUAUAACAAGCCAUUCCAUCGCUGGUUUAGAAAUAGCAAUAAACAGUCUGGAUCAGGAGAGCUGCCUAACACGUAAAAUUGCACAAACGUUUACGCAUCCUUACUACCCGCAGCGCAACCAGGCAAUAUACAACAUAGCAUUAAUAAAGCUGGACAAAAGCGUCCCCACAAGUCUAGGCGCAAUACCUGCAUGUUUAUGGAAGGAGAAUGAAUUGCCAGUUGAUCAGUCAGCGCACGCUGUAUCCACGGGACUGGGAAGAAAGUUAGACUCAUACUUUUAUACAUUUGAUCACUUUAACAAAACUGAGUACGUUACUCCAACCGCGAAGACAAAACACAACAACUGCAAGCCCAAAAGAUCAAAGUUUAUUUUUGCGAUGGUCAAACAGAAGGAAAAACAUGUGCCUCACUUGGUUGCUGUCAGCUGUGAAACAUCUGCCACGAAAACAUUGAUGCCCAUCGCUACACUGUUACCCUGGAUAACGGAAGUAUUGCGACAGAACAGUACGAAACAAUAUUUCGAAUUCAUCGAACUAGAUUCAUGCCCCGAUAACCACUAUGACAUACGUGCUUAUGAUUUCAAUGUUCCUAAUGGCAAUCCUAUAUUUGACCCAUGCGAAGCGCAUUUUGAAAAAAGCGACCAUCAAGUACGAAUCGUUCAAACAGAUGAUAACGAGAACAACAACAUCGUCUGUUACGGAGCUCUCGUUCAACGUAAUGCUGUGGUCACUUUAGCGGAAUGCGUCGUGAAUCUUAGUGCUACCAAACUGAGAGUUGCGUUUUCCGAUUUUUCCAUGAAUGUUCAAGACGUUGUUGUGCAUCCUGAGUUUGGCGACGCUAGUGACAUCUUCGUGAACAACAUAGCGGUAUUGAUGCUCGAAUAUCCCGUGCCGUUCUUUUCUGUCUCUACGGGGUGGUACGAAGAUACAUUGGCCAGUGAAGAAAUGUGGAUCUCCGGAGAGUAUAAGGAACGCAUGCUUCCGAAUUGUGAUCCAUCCAGAAACGAGACAUUUGAGUCUGCAUCCGUUUACGCAACCGUGCUCCAAAACGCAGAAUGUUUCGAUAAACUACAUUCACGGCACAACAAUAACACACAGCAUCUUUGUCUGGAAGUAAAGUCAGCCACGGCUUUGGACACUUGCAUCAUCAACAAAGGAGCUGCACUGGUCGUUUCGAACGAAACUUUCAAUAAUAUUUACGGAUUGAAUUUACUGCAGCAUGAUUGUAAUAUGAGCAAACCAAUAGUUGCGGUGCGUCUGAGUGCCCACCAAAGAUGGUUGAGAUCUAUUUUGCAACCUCGUAUCAUAAAAUUAAGACAGGAUUUGCAUUAUCACGACAGCUGCGUGUAUCCUGGAGGAGUCGACGGAUACUGUGACGAAGAAAUACGCUGUGAUGACGCUGAUGAGCUUAUUCCACCGUUUCAAACGCGUAUUUACUGCAACCAUCGAGAGCUUAUCUGUUGCCCUCGUCGGGUUGCCAUCUUCGAGCAAAUUCAGCCAAAUGCUAUCGAAACUGAGCUCAACGAAUGUGAAGACCGAUAUCGUUUCCUCAGAAAAUCACACGUUUAUGCCAAAACGAACAAAACUUUCCAGUCACCCCAUUUGGUGGAGCUUGGAUGGGAAUAUGAUCGUUUUAAGCUUUUCGAUUGUCUUGGUUACCUGAUCAGCAGCCGGGGAGUUGUAACAUCGGCCUCUUGUGUGAAAGCGAAAUUUGCUUAUCCAAACCUCGUGCGUAACGUACACCCUACUGAUAGGAUUGUUGUACCGAUAGCAUCCGUACACAUAUAUCCAGAAUACAACGAAACGGAUCGUUCGCAUGAUAUUGCUCUGAUAAAGCUGUCGAGGGAAGACUACAUAACGGUGAACCUAUUUCCGGUUUGCCUAUGGCAGAGCCGCUUCAAUGAACAACUCCAGCAAGGUAGUUUGUUUGCUGUUUUAAAAGAACAUGAGUGCCGUUUUCAUUCAUUGAGUCAACAGGAAUGCAAAGUGAUAUCGAAGUAUCCGCCAGUGGAAUCUGAAAUGUGCAUCUAUGAUCCAUUUACACGAUCCUGUUCGUUGUACUAUAUUCCUGCAUUGAAACAUUCUGCUGUAAAGUGUAAACUUGCCGAAGAUGAUGGUGAAAGCUGCAGUAGCUGUAUAAACCCUGGUACUCCUAUUAUACUAAAAGGCAUACUGGACGACGAAAUCAUUCCUGUAAAUUACUUGUUUGGUAUACAUGGGGACAGAGAAUGUGACGCAAAAGAAAUUCACUUCAUUUUUCGUAUAGAAGCUUACGUCUAUUGGUUUGUAAAAGUACUCAAUUAAUUAUUGGAAUCAAUAACAUAGUGAGCGCAACUGAAUAUGUUUAAACAAGGCAAUUGAACUUUGUAUGAUACGUAGUAUGCCUUAAUGAAUCGCGCUCUAGCAAACCAUAAGAUUCUUUAUGCUUCCUCAACAAACAGCAAAACAAGCAAUAAAUAAGCCUUCCAGCAAUCAGAACCUCACAUCAAAACGAAAUAAAUUUUCGUUCUUCUGCGUGAGUUUUGAAUAAAGGGAGAAUUUGAGAAUAUGAGAGAAAUAUUUUUAAACAAAAAAUUAAUUCAAAACCACCAAUAGACACCAUAUUUCUGAAU